GAGUUUGGAAUUUCUUGCCAUCGCAGCGCUAUUUUUGGUUGCUCAAAUCUGUCCUUUCAAUUUUCAAUGGCGCGUUUUAUUGAUAUAGGCAUGGCAUUAUUAUUUUCACGGUGAUAUAAUCAAAACUAUUAAAUCAAAUCAUCAUUAAGUUUGUUGUAGUAAUUAUCACCAUUAAUUUACUACGUGACACAUUGUGUUUACUUAAUUUUAGGUUAUGUUAGUACCGAGUCCAUAUUUUAUGGUUAGAGAUUAAUUAAAAUGACUGAAGGCGAUUUGAGUAAUAACUGUAGGGUGGUGAGUUUACCAGUGCAAUCCAACAAAAGGAAAGUAGAAUGCGUGGGCGCUGCGUUCCUAAGAUAUCACAAUAUUAAAUGUCACGGUGAAGAUGCUUUAUUUCAAACAACUGAUUCUAAAGAAAAGGCUGAAGAGGUGACUUUUGAUGAUGAUGUAGAAUACUUGAGAAGCUUAGACCCAAAAGACUGGAAGUCUCAAGAUCAUUAUGCAGUGUUGGGUAUGAAAAACUUGCGGAAUAAAGCUACCGACGACGACAUUAAGAGAGCUUAUAGACAAAAGGUAUUAAAACAUCAUCCCGAUAAAAGGAAAGCCCAAGGUGAAGAAAUUCGCAGCGACGACGAUUAUUUCACUUGCAUCACUAAAGCUUAUGAAAUUCUUGGAACACCUAUUAAGCGUAGAUCAUAUGACUCUGUUGAUCCUUUAGUAGACGAUUCUGUGCCAUCCUCGACAGAAAUUAAAAAAGAAGGGUUCUACAAAGCAUUUCGUAAAUAUUUUGAAAUCAAUGCUCGGUGGUCAGAGAAAAAGAAUGUCCCAAUGUUGGGUGAUGAGAAUAGUCCCCGGGAGCAGGUGGAAAGGUUUUACGCUUUUUGGUAUGAGUUUGAAUCAUGGCGUGAGUUUUCAUAUCUCGAUGAAGAAGAGAAAGAGAGGGGUGCUGAUCGUGAAGAAAGGAGGUGGAUAGAGAAACAGAAUAGAGUGGCAAGAGCAAAGCUUAAAAAGGAAGAGAUGGCUAGGAUUAGAAGUUUAGUUGACUUGGCAUAUUCAAAUGACCCUAGGAUUUUGCGUUUUAAGCAAGAAGACAAAGAUAAAAAAUUAGCUGCAAAGAGAGCCAGACAGGAUGCUGUUCAAGCCAAGAAAGCUGAAGAAGAGCGACUCAUGAAGGAAGCCCACGCUGCCAAACAAAAAGCAGAAGAAGCAGAACGUGCCCGUAUAGAAGCAGCCCGUGCGGAACGUGAGCUUAUGAAGAAAAACCUACGUAAGGAAAGAAAAGCAUUUCGUGAUCUAUGCAAAUCAAAUAAUUACUUUGCCAAGAAUGAAGAUGAAACUGUGUCUCAUAUGGCAGCAGUUGAGAAAAUAUGUGAAAUGAUGAAAGUGGUUGAAUUGCAAGAUUUUAUGAAAAAGUUGGAAGGGGAGGGCCGAAAUGCUUUCUUGAAGACAGUCAAAGAAACUGAUGAAAAAUUAGAAGCUGAAAGAAAAGCACUAUUUGAUACUAAAAAGGUAGAAGAUCAAAAAGUUAAAAAGGAGAGUGCUUUGAAAGUUCCAAUCGAAUGGACUCCAGAUAUGACCCAGCUACUUAUAAAAGCUGUUAAUCUAUUCCCUGCAGGAACUAAUCAAAGAUGGGAAGUAGUAGCUAAUUUUCUGAAUCAGCACAGUACAUUUACUGAUGAGAAACGUUUCACUGCUAAAGAUGUAUUAAAUAAAGCCAAGGAUUUGCAGAGCUCAGAUUUCUCUAAAAGCAGUCUAAAGAAAGCAGCCAAUGAAGAAGCCUUUGAUCAGUUUGAAAAGGAAAAAAAGAAAGUGGCUAAUCAUGUUGAUGAUAAUAGUAUAUCAAAGAUUGAUAGUGGAGCGAAAUUGGUAAAUGGUACUUCUAAGCCUAAAGCAGAGGACCAAUCCAAACAAGACAGGGAACCGUCCAAAGAGGACAGAUCUUGGACAAAAACAGAACAAGAGUUGCUGGAACAAGCAAUUAAAACUUUCCCUGUGAGUACCCCAGAGAGGUGGGAUAAGAUAGCCGAUUGCAUACCUAACCGUACCAAAAAAGACUGCAUGAAGAGAUACAAGGAAUUAGUAGAAUUAGUAAAAGCUAAAAAACAAGCUGCUAAUCUUUCUAAAUAACAAUAAAUGCCCAUUAGCUACAUAUAUUAAAAUAAAGCAUAUUUUUAUGAAAUGUCACUGGACUUUCACAGUUGUGUUUUCAUACUACUUUUACAGAUCAAUGCACCAUAAAUUUCAUAUAUGACAUUAAUCAAGGUAUUCAAGAUUUGUUUGCAACUUUGCAGACAAUGAAAAUUAAGCUAUCUUAACAAAUUUAAUUUUCAAGAUAGCAGUCGAUGUUGGUCACUUCUACAAAAUCACUUUAAAGGUUUGCAGUAAUUAGCUUCCAUAAUGACAUUAUUUUUGUAUUUAUUUUUUGGUUAUUGUGAUGCACAUAGUCAAUUUAAAAUUU